AUGGGCCUGGAGAGGCUGGGCCCCUUGAACGCCUGCUCAGAAAAAAAACAGCUCAGUAGGGAGGGGCAGCACAGAGGGGGUGCCGGCACAGGAGAAGAUGACGGCCAGGACUUGAGCGAGUGGGGCCACGUGCUGCCCAAGGUACUGGAUAGUGUGCUGCAGGCUCUGGCAGAUCAUGAGGCCGUCAUCUUCCUACCAUCUGCACGCCUAGUCAACCGCAAUUGGCACCAAUGGGCCACGCAUGCAGUGAAGGUCCUGGAUCUAAAAGUUACAGAGCCAUAUGCAAAAAUGGACAGGUUUGCAAGACAGGCAUGCACUUUGCGGAAAGGGGAAAGGAUUGAAAACGUCAUUAAAUCCUGCCCUGCCUUAGAGAGUUUGAUACUGGAGGGCGCGGAAGAUACCCACCUGCCAAUGUUGCAACGAUUCUCGCAGCUGAGACAGCUCAAACUUCUCAAUGGGACUUGCAGCGGUGUGACCAAUGGCGGCAUGACCCACGUUGCAGCGAUGACGGGGCUGGUCGGCCUCGAACUCCAGCUGGCAUCAAAUCUCACGGCCCAAGGGGUCCGAGCACUUGUCACGUUGACAUGCCUCCUGAGCCUGAAUCUGAGCUGGUGCUAUGCACUAACAGACGAGUGCGUGGCCACCCUGUGCCAGCUCCCCACCCUCACCGACCUCAAACUGAAUGGCUGCGACAAGAUCUCCGAUCUGGGGAUUGCGCACCUGUCAGAGAUGCCGCGCCUUAUGAGGCUCGCCCUGCUGCGUGAGCAGCACAGGGAUGGGCCGUUUUCGAACAAGGGGGCCAUGACCUUGGGGACCAUGACUGUGCUUGUGGCUUUGAACAUUAAGUCAUGCAGCGGGGUUAAUGAUGCUGGGGUGGCACACUUUCAAUCUCUGACGAACUUGAUCGAGUUGCACCUGCCGCAGGAUGUGUCGGACAGGGGUCUGGCAGUCCUCAGCAGCCUGACCGCCAUCGGCCAUCUCAGCCUGUGGCGCUGUGGGGCCAUCACAAAUGAGGGAUUGAUUCUUUUGCAACAGUUUUCCAAGCUGGCAAAGCUCGAGAUAGUGUCUUGCAGGGGGAUCUCAAAUUGGGGCAUGGGUAUGGUCGGGAGGCUGACGUACCUGAAGGACCUAACUCUAGAAGGGUUGCCCAUCAAUGACGAUGGCAUCGAUGAGCUGUCGGCCCUCACGGGCCUCAAGAAACUUAGCCUGGCCUCCACACGGGAGUUGAGGAGCAACGGCACAAGGCGACUGAGCGGCUUGUCUGCACUGGAGAUCCUUGACUUGUCUGGGUGCAAGGGCAUGUCGGAUGUCGGCGUGUGGUGGCUGUCGUCGCUGGUGGGCCUCAAAGAACUGCACCUGAACGGGUGCCCACAGGUCACAAACCAUUGUGUGAAGGGUCUCCUGGCCAUGCCACUGCUGACAAAGCUGGAUCUGGCCAUGUGCACAAAACUUACCGAUGAGGGCAUGGUGAUGAUCGCGCGUCUUACAAGCCUGGCUGAUCUAGACCUGGGCGGUUGUUUUAAGAUUACGAAUGCGGGAGUUGGGCACUUGGCGCGUCUGAGGUUUCUGUCACAUGUGAAUGUGGUGGGCUGCCCGCUCGUGUCCUUGGGCAGUGGCGCAUUGUUGCGCAGAUGGCAGUAG